GUCGGUGCACCGAAUAAGAGGUGCAAAUUCCAUGCAAGCGAUUGGACGUUACACCUACUCGCAAAACCCAUGCAAUUGCGUUUCUCCCAAAGCCCCUCGAUUUCGCCCAAUUCCAGAAAUUCUCAGCAUCUAAUCAACUUUACCUCUGAAAAUUUUCAAAACCCUAACCCCAAUUUCUAAUUUUGGGGGUGAAAAUGCCUCUCAGGUCACUUGCUGGACCUCAAGCCGGCGAUACUUGCACGAACGGGGACGCGUCUGUUUCUGAGCCUCAGCUUAACAGUACUGCAAACAAUUCAGCAGACGGCGACGCUGGGAAAUCAGAGAAGAGGCUCAAUGAUACUGAGAUGUAUGUACCGAUAGUGUAUGGAACAAUAGCAUUUUGGCUUGGCAAGAAGGCCACUGAAACGCAGUCGCAUAAGUGGACAGUUUAUGUUCGUGGGGCAACAAAUGAGGAUCUUGGUGUUGUUAUCAAAAGAGUUGUAUUCCAAUUGCAUCCCAGUUUCAAUAACCCCAUGAGAGUUGUGGAGUCACCACCUUUUGAGCUUUCAGAAUGUGGUUGGGGUGAAUUCGAAAUCAGGAUAUCCUUAUUUUUUCACAAUGAUGUCUCUGAGAAGAAAUUGGAUUUGUAUCAUCACUUGAAACUAUAUUCUGAAGCUGAACCUGGUCCCGUGACAACUAAAAGACCUGUUGUAGUGGAAACUUAUGAUGAGAUUGUAUUUCCAGAACCUUCUGAACAAUUCCUUUCUCGCAUAAAGAGCCAUCCUGCUGUAGUUUUGCCGAGGGUUCCUGCAACUUUGAACUUGCCUCUUGUAGGUCAGGUAGAUCCACAUAAGGUGAAAAGAGGUGAUACGAAAAACCACCCACUUAGCCAGUGGUUCAUCAAUUUCUCAGAGGCUGAUGAGCUUCUCAAACUCACAGGGAUUCGUCAGCAGGUGCAAGCUCACAUUAUAAAGAUGAGAAGACAGUUGAGUAUGAUGGAAGAGGCUCCUCUAACAUUCAAACCAGAAAAUGGUUAGGAAUUAAAAUGAAUAUAUAGUAUGACUCCUCAUUGCAAGUCUACAACUGCAGAUAUGCUAUAUGGCCGCUUCUAGUUAUUGAUGGGGGGGGGGGGGGGGGUCUUCAUCUCUUAGUUGAAACUAUUUCCUAGUUAAUUAGUCAAAGCCUCUGAGGCUGGCUGGAGUUAUGAUGUUAGACGGUGUAUGAACUUUUUUCUUGUGCCAUUGUCCAUUGGAAUGAGGUGUACUCCAUUAUUGACCUGCAAUGAAAGAUGGUACUGUUUUCUUUUUGGUAACCUGGUGCCUGGUGGUGUGUUCUAGUGACUGACGUUUAGUCAAGGAUUGUAUGGUUUAAAUGGUGGAAUUUUAUGAAAACAAAGAUGUUUGGUAUAAUCAAUUUAUGGUUUUCCAUAUACCAACUAUGAUGAAUUAUGUACUUGUGAA